AAAGAAGGAUUUGGAUAACUAAUCCAAUGCGUUUUUCUUCGAUUUGGACAACUAGAAACUACCCAACUCAGCCAAACUUUUACCAUACUUUGAAUAUUUGAUCCCUAAGCUUGGACCAGUAGUCAACCCAAGUUGUGAAAGCGACUAAUUCAUGUACAUGAAGAAAGGCGAAAGCUUUUUGCCUGUCACAAAUACAGAAAGGAGGCAGACAUGUGGUGCCGACUGCUGACCGUCUUGCUCAUGUUGUCUCAUGCAAUGUUGUUGGUGCUGCAAACUGCCAAAACCAAUCCUGGAUAUUAAGGGAAAAGCUUCAUGCUCUGACAUGCAUUUAAGCUCACAGUCCAGAGCCAAGGGCAGAAUCCCAAUAGGGUUGGUUGGUUUACCUUCUCUGAACAACUCGCCUCUUCUCCUUUUUGCAGACUCGAAGACAGGAGUAGCUGGCUAUAAUUGAUAUUAUAACCCCGUGGAUGAUCUCAGACAGGUCAGGUUUAAGCAAAGCGAAAUGAGUUUUGGUAUGAGUUGAGGUUGCAGAAAAUAUAACAUAUUCCAAAAGGGAAAUGGAUUCCUUGAGCAAAAAGGUCUUUGAUUGCGUGUGGUGUGUGUUGUGGAGGUCCUUUAAGAACUAUACUCUCGAGAACUUGUACUCUUCCUGUCUUGUGCUUCGACCUUCCAUGUUGCUUGUCUGUUUAUUUGCAUCGUAGUGCAUGAUACAUUCCGCAGUGCCUUGUUGUAUCUCCAUUUUUGACGCAGCCACCCAAUCGAACUCCAUAGGCAAUUCGUCUCGUCCUCCAUCGUCGUUUUCGCAUUCCAGAGAUUUGGUUUCACUCUGUGCCCAUGGAAUUCGAGGAGAAGCCCGACGACCGAAUUCAUUCAAGACACAGCCGCUCCGACAGCGAUUCUGUAAAUAGAAGAAACAAAGGAUAUAAGCUGGAUCCAUUGCCUGGAUCAGUUCGUCAUGCUAAACUGGUUACUGAACAGCCCACGGACAACAAGGAGAUGACAAGUAAGUCCUCCCCGGAAGCUGAUGGCCAAGGAUCCUUGAAGCAUGAGAUUCUACAACUCGAGAAGAGAUUGAAGGAUCAGUUAACCAUUAGGUGUGCUUUGGAAAAGGCAUUGGGACACAGUUCUUCUGCAAUGUGCUCAUCAAAUGACAGUUCGAUGCCAAAGCCAACGUAUGAUCUGAUAAGGGAGAUAGCGAUAUUGGAGUUAGAGGUCAUGCAUCUCGAACAAUAUCUACUCAUGCUUUACCGAAAAGCUUUUCAGCAGCAAACAGCAACACCAUCUCGAUGUUGCAAUGAACACAAAUUACAGAAGUUGCAGCAUUCCAAGUCUGAAUUAUUGCCACAAGCAUCUCCAAAACAUAAAACAUGGUCUAACAGAUGGACUCCGAUUGAAGAAGGCCGUGAAAUCAAGAGGCAGGAGAGGCUGCUUCGGCCUGGUGCUCAUCGGAGUCACUCUUCCCUUUCUUGUCGCGGAGUUGGUUCGGCUAGGAUUUCGCCUUCGGAACAAAGCCUAGCUAGAGCUCUUCACUCAUUCCAUUCUCAACAUGCGUCUUUCCUUGAGGAUGUUGAUUCAGGAAUGAUGAGCUUAGCAGAAUACUUGGGAAGUCCUACCGCCGAUCAAAUUCCUGACACUCCUAAUAAACUCUCAGAAGACAUGGUUAGAUGCAUGGCUACUGUAUAUUGCAAGCUUGCAGACCCUCCUCUGAUCUCUCAAACCUUUUUCUCUUCUUCCUCUUCUACUACCACUUCCACCAUUCCUGGAUUCUCUCCUCAACAUCUCGGAGAACCAUGGAGUCCUUCCAAAACCGAAGAGCUCAAAGAAUUCAGCACAACAGUGGAGAUCCCUCAUAUUUCUGAAAAUCACAAGGAUGUCGAAGACUUGCUAUGCAACUUCAAGUUAAUCCUUCACCAGUUGGACAAGGUUGAUCCAAGCAAGUUGAAGAAUGAUCAAAAGCUUGCUUUUUGGAUAAAUGUCUACAAUGCCAUAAUCAUGCAUGCAUACAUUGAACAUGGAAUUCCUGAGGGAGGUGCGAAGAAAACUUCUUUGCUCAUCAAGGCUAUGUGCACUAUAGGUGGUCGUUCUAUAAAUGCAUUCAUGAUACAAAGUUUUAUUUUCGAGGGCAAGACAAAAAGUACCACACAGUGGCUUCGAAGGAUGCUCCUUAAUCCAAGGUCGAAGUACAAAGAUGUCGAUAAACGGCGAAACUAUGCGAUUGAACACUCGGAACCUCUUUUAUAUUUUGCACUCAGUUCAGGAAGUCAUUCUGAUCCCCCGGUUCGAAUAUACAAUUCCAGUAGAAUAUUGAAGCAAUUGAAAGUGGCAAAGGAAGAAUAUAUAAGAAGCAAUGUGGAGAUAUGGAAGGACCAAAAGAUCCUUCUUCCAAAGUUGAUAGAUUUGUAUGCCAAGGACUCAAAAUUGAGCUCACAGAAAUUAGUGGAGAUGCUUCAAAAUAACCUCCCUCAAAAUCUUAAGUUGGCCUUGCAAAGAUGCCAAAGAUUCAACAAGCCAAUCGAAUGGAUUCCUCACAAUCCCCAGUUUAGAUAUCUUCUGUCAAGAGAGUUUGUGUUUCCUCAAGUAAAUUGAAAGAAAAAUAGAGUGAUAGAUGUGUAGCAGGGGAAAAUUGUGGUUGUAUAUUUUGUUUUGUUUAUGUUGCUGUGAUUACUUUUUUUUUU